CUACGUAGAAAAGUAGAGGUUAUGAAAAUUUUAUUUACGAAUUUAAAAAGGCCGUACUACCGGAACUUUAAUUUAAACGGCCACACUUUCUAGUAAACCCAAAUGUCGAUUUUCGAACACUCUGAAAAAUCUGUUGGUUUGACACCACUACCAAGUUUUAACUGCGAAAACGCCGAACUUGAAACAUACGACUGUGAAGACUGCAAUUUCCAAACCGAAUUAACCGUUUUUUACAAAAAACAUAUCAAAGAACGCCACACCCCCAAACGUGAAGACUCGCCAAGUGAAGAAUUUACAAUACAUGAGUACAAUUGCGAAGAAUGCGACUUUGAAACCCAUUGUUGCAUUAACUGGCUUCGACAUACAUGUUUUAGAAAUACGGAAAAUCUCCAACUACGUUGUGCAGCUAAGUCUAAUCACCAGGAAACUCCAGUCGCACACAAUGUGGGUAACACCAUCAAACACGUUAAGAAACGCAUCACUGUUUACAAAUACCAAUGCAACCAAUGCCCAUACAUCGCCAAACAAAGCUCCCACUUGAAACAACACAUCAACGCCAACCACCUCCCCGAAAAAGAAAUCAAAUGGUACCAAUGCCAAAAAUGCCCAUACAAAGCUAAACAAGACUCCCAUUUAAAAAACCACAUCAACGUGCACCAUUCAGACGGAAACGACAUCAAAUGGUAUCACUGUGACCAAUGCACGUUCAAAACCAAAAGCAGUUCAAAUUUAAGAAGACACACGAUCGCGUGGCACCUAAAUGAACAAGACAUCACAUGGCACCAAUGCCAAAAAUGUCCAUAUAAAGCAAAACGAAAAGAAAGCUUGACAAGUCACGUGGUUGCACAGCACUUGAGUGAAGCGGAAAUCACGUGGUUUGAGUGCAAUGAGUGUCCGUUUAAAGCUAAACGAAAAACUAGCUUGCAGAAUCAUGUAAAAGUGCGCCAUUUAAGUGUCAGGGAUGUGUGGCGGCACAAUAACACGCGGGUAAAGCAGAGUAAAGAUAAGUCGUCUCGUAGUGUAGCGGUUAGCAUACCAGCCCGGAUUGCUUGGAGACGUGGGUUCGAAUCCCACCGAGGCACAACAUUUUUCUCUGCUUUCCCACAUUGGUGACCACCGACAGGCAACGCGCACGCAACAUCCUUCUGCCACCGCCCUGUGCCCGCUGUGUUCGGGGUCCGCAGCACCGCCAGGGUUCGAACGACGAACGUAAGAGUGGCAGGAGCGACGCCAGCAACUAUCUCCUUCGCACCCCAGCACGACCGCGCGCUGUGUCGCUGGGGGGGGAGUACUGUGGCGGCACAAUAACACGCGGGUAAAGCAGAGUAAAGAUAAGUCGUCUCGUAGUGUAGCGGUUAGCAUACCAGCCCGGAUUGCUUGGAGACGUGGGUUCGAAUCCCACCGAGGCACAACAUUUUUCUCUGCUUUCCCACAGAUGUUAAAUGGUAUAAGUGUAAAAUGUGUUCGUAUGAAGCAAAGAGUGGGUGUGGUUUGAAGCGGCAUUUCAAUGCGCACCAUGUGGAUGAGAAUGAUAUUAAAUGGUACGAGUGCAAGACGUGUCCAUAUAGGAGUAAAUAUAAUUGUAAUUUGGUGUACCAUUUAAAGGCGCACCAUUUGGACGAGAAGGACAUUAAAUGGCACCAUUGCAAAAAGUGUGGUUUCAAGGCUAAACACACCGGUCAUUUGAAGCAACACGUGAGUGCUCAGCACUCAGAUGGAGAGGAUUAACUGGAUUUUUGUUGUAUUGUAAUAAAUUAAAUUAAAAUAAAGAAGCGGCUACUCGUGACGUUGUGCUCACGUGACAUUAUAACAUAACCUCAAAAAAAAAAUAAGUGAGGAGAUAAUCGUGGCUGUUAAACCUUAGUACGAGAUUACUUCUUCUAAUUUUCCAAUAAUUUGGCCCUCGUGCUCUUUUUAGCGCGAAUUGUGGUGUUACAAUGCAUUAGUGAUCGGUAAUUGACAGCUGUCAUAAGUUUUGAGGUUAUAUUAUGGAAGCAUUAUUUUAAUUAAAGUGAGUAAUUAAAUCAAUAUGUCGAUUCUGGAAUACUCAGAGAACUUUGUCCGACACCUGAAAUCUCCACCCAAAAAUGCCCAUCAUUGUAAACUGUGUCCAUUUUUUACAACAUCGACGUUCCUCAUGGUAAAUCACGUCAAACAACAUUCUUCACCUUCGUUGUCACAUUUCAACUGCCAGAGUGUCAAUAUUGAAACUUACUGGUGCAAAGACUGCAAUUUCCAAUCAGAACUAACAUUUAUUUUUAAACAGCACAUUAUACAACGUCACAACAAAAACGAAGAUUCACCAAUUAAGAAUUUCGUUGUUCACCACCAAAUUUGUGACGAAUGUGACUUUGGCACACACUUCUCCAUGAAGUGGCUUCAACACCGCUUAUUUUGUUUUGGAAACAAUAAACAUUUAAAGAAACUUGACGACGUUAAAUGGUUCCAGUGCCAGAAUUGUAGUUACAAAGCAAAACUCCAAAAAAGUCUUAAAAACCACACAAUCACGCACCAUUUGGACGACCAAGACAUCAAAUGGCACCACUGCAAAGACUGUCCAUACAAAGCCAAACUAAAAUCGAUUUUACGAAACCACACCACAAGACUACACUUAAAAAACCGCCGCGUCGUUUGGCACGAAUGCCAAAGUUGCCCCUACAAAGUAAAAGACAGCUCGGCUUUACGAAGACACAAAAUUUCGCACCAUUUGGACCCUCAGGACAUUAAAUGGUUCGAAUGCAAAAAGUGCCCCUAUAAAAGUAAGUAUAAAUUUCGGCUAAGCGAGCACAUCAACACCAACCAUUUGGACGAGAAAGAUAUUAAAUGGUUUCCGUGCAAAAAGUGCACAUAUAAAGGUAAAAAUAAGUCGAAUUUGAAUCGACACGUGACAGCGCGACAUCUGGAUGACCGUGAUGUUAAAUGGUUCGAGUGUGACAAGUGUCCGUACAGAACUAAACAGAAUUCGCAUUUGAAGAACCAUGUGACCGUCCACCAUUUAAAUGAGAAGGAGAUUAAAUGGUACGACUGCAAGAAGUGUUCUUAUAAGGCUAAAGUCAAAGUGAAUUUGAAGGAGCACGUGAUUUCGCGACAUUUGAGUGAGGAGGAGGUUAAGUGGUAUCGGUGUAAAGAGUGUCCGUAUAAGAGUAAAAGGAAGACGAGGUUGGGGAGUCACGUGAAGAGGCGACAUUGAGUUUAGAAAGACUAAAAUAAAAACGAAAAUGAAUGAAAUAAAUUUAAAUGAUUAGUUUGUGCUUGAACCGUAAGAGGGCGGCGUGUGCAAACGUUGUUUUAUUUGUAUUAUUGACUGCAAGUUAAUAAAUUAUGUGUAAAACUUGUUUAAAUUUGAA